CCUCUCUCGCCAUCUUGUUGCUAGAUCGUGCAAGCGGAAGCAAUAUCUUCGGCGGAGGAAGAGCGGGUGUGGUUCGUACGAGCAGCUCUCCAAAUUUUCACACAAGCUCAAGAUUUUUUUCCCUCUUUAACAAGAACAACGGAGGUGCCACUGGAUUCCACCUAACUGCUGUGCAGGCCAAGGGCAGGCGAGAACAAUGGCUACCCAGUCUGAUUUGAUGGAGUUGGACAUGGCGAUGGGAGACAGUAAGGCUGCAGUGAGCCAAUGGCAGCAGCAGUCUUACCUGGACUCGGGCAUUCAGUCCGGAGUCACCACCACAGCCCCGUCUUUGAGCGGGAAAGGGAACCCCGACGUCGAAGAGGAUGAUCCGACUUUGUACGACUGGGAGUUCAACCAGCCUUUCACUCCUGAGACAGCAGACGUGGAAGGCUACGCCAUGACCCGCGCCCAGCGUGUUCGUGCGGCCAUGUUCCCCGAAACCUUGGAGGAAGGCAUCCAAAUUCCGCCAACUCAACUGGAUGCGGCUCACCCCACCGCGGUGCAGCGCCUGGCCGAACCUUCUCAAAUGCUGAAGCACGCCGUGGUCAACCUAAUAAACUACCAAGAUGACGCCGAGCUAGCCACUCGCGCUAUUCCCGAGCUGACCAAACUGCUUAACGACGAGGACCAGGUGGUAGUGAACAAGGCGGCAGUGAUGGUCCACCAGUUGUCUAAGAAGGAAGCCUCUCGCCACGCGCUGAUGCGUUCGCCGCAGAUGGUUUCGGCCGUGGUUCGAGCCAUGCAAAAUACCGGCGACGUGGAAACCGCUCGCUGCUCUGCCGGAACUUUGCACAACCUCUCCCACCACAGAGAGGGGCUUCUCGCUAUCUUCAAGUCCGGGGGGAUCCCCGCUCUGGUUAAAAUGCUGGGCUCACCAGUGGACAGCGUGUUGUUCUACGCCAUCACCACGCUCCACAACCUCCUGCUGCAUCAGGAAGGAGCCAAGAUGGCCGUCCGCCUGGCCGGAGGGCUGCAGAAGAUGGUGGCGCUUUUGGCCAACACCAAUGUCAAGUUCCUGGCCAUCACAACAGACUGUCUGCAGAUUCUUGCUUAUGGAAAUCAGGAAAGCAAGUUGAUUAUUCUGGCCAGCGGUGGUCCACAAGCCCUCGUCAACAUCAUGAGAACCUUCACGUAUGAGAAACUGUUAUGGACCACGAGCAGAGUCCUCAAAGUCUUGUCCGUUUGCUCCAGUAACAAACCUGCGAUAGUCGAAGCUGGAGGCAUGCAAGCAUUAGGACUUCACCUGACUGACCCCAGCCAACGUUUGGUCCAGAACUGCCUCUGGACUCUGAGAAACCUUUCAGACGCUGCCACUAAGCAGGAGGGAAUGGAAGGCCUGCUGGGGACGCUGGUCCAGCUGCUCGGAAGCGACGACAUCAACGUCGUGACUUGCGCUGCUGGCAUUCUCUCCAAUCUGACCUGCAACAACUACAGUAACAAACUCAUGGUUUGCCAGGUAGGAGGUAUCGAGGCUCUGGUGAGGACUGUACUGAGAGCGGGCGACAGAGAGGACAUUACCGAACCCGCCGUUUGCGCCCUGCGCCACCUCACCUCCCGCCACCAGGACGCCGAGAUGGCCCAGAACGCCGUUCGUUUGCAUUACGGUCUCCCCGUGGUGGUCAAACUGCUGCACCCGCCGUCUCACUGGCCGCUCAUCAAAGCCACGGUGGGGCUGAUCCGCAACCUGGCCCUCUGCCCGGCCAACCACAGCGCCCUUCGGGAGCAGGGGGCCAUCCCGCGACUUGUCCAGUUGCUGGUCAGGGCUCAUCAGGACACCCAGAGGCGCACUAGCAUGGGAGGCAACCAGCAACAGUUUGUGGAAGGUGUCCGCAUGGAGGAAAUAGUGGAAGGCUGCACAGGUGCGCUUCACAUCCUGGCGAGGGACGUCCACAACAGAAUUGUCAUCCGAGGACUUAACACCAUUCCACUUUUUGUUCAGUUGCUGUAUUCUCCCGUGGAAAACAUUCAGCGUGUAGCCGCCGGCGUGUUGUGCGAGCUAGCCCAAGACAAGGAAGCGGCCGAAGCCAUCGAAGCCGAGGGCGCCACCGCGCCGCUCACAGAGCUUCUCCACUCUCGCAACGAGGGCGUCGCUACGUACGCUGCCGCCGUAUUGUUCCGCAUGUCCGAAGACAAGCCACAAGACUACAAAAAACGUCUAUCGGUGGAGCUUACCAGUUCUUUGUUCAGAACCGAACCGCUGGCCUGGAACGAGACUGGUGAGCUUGGACUGGAUAUUGGGGCUCAGGCGGACCCGCUAGCUUAUAGGCAAGAUGACGGAACAUACCGGGCCUACCCCGCCGCAGGCUACGGACAAGACACUCUACUGGACCCCAUGAUGGAAGGGGCCGACUACCACGCGGACGCGCUGCCCGAUCUGGGCCAUCACGCCGACCCGCUUCCGGAUCUCGGUCACAGCCAGGACCUGAUGGACAGCAACCAGCUGGCCUGGUUUGACACCGACCUGUAGGAUUGUUUUGUUCUGAUAGAGCCUGCGUUGUGAUUGGCCUGUAACCCGUAUUGUCCGAAGCAGCAUUUUGAUUGGCUGUGUUAAGUUGGGAAGGUAAAAGAAGGAACAAAAGGGGGGAGGGGAAAGGGGUCUCGGAAAGUGCCUGACGCCAGAAAACAAAGAUGGUUGACAUGGGAGCGAAUGUUUUGAGCAUGUUGAAAAAGUGGGCGGGGUUAAGGGAGGGGUUGUAAGUUACGUCCAAAAAAAUGGAGGCGACUGAUUGGUUGAGAGCUUCAAGUUGAUAACGCUUGCCUGUAUUAUCCUUUUUCUUCGGUUCUACUUUUUUGUAUUCUAUUUUUUUAUUUCUUUAUAUUGCUCAUCUUCUGUCAUGGUACUGACCCAGCUUGCCUUCACACUAGCCAUCUUAAGUUUGUCUUCAAUGCUAAUCUUUUUUUUUUUUCAUUUUAACAAACGUAUAUUACAUGUAGUGUUAAGUUAUAGUGAUAUUAUAAGACAUUUCUUUGGCUCGCCAGCCGAAUGUGUAGGACACUAAUAAUCAGUUGUACUCUGACUUUAAAAUGUAACAUUGUGUAGUUUUUUUUGUUUUGUUUUUUAUAAUCCAAAAAAAAAUUAAUACAUUCUUAAUAUGUGCGAUAAUAAGCAGCGAUUGUCAGUGUCACGAAGAGAGGAAAAUGUAGAGAAAAGUGUUUUAUAUGCAUUCAUUGCUAGGUUAGCAUUUUGUAUGCUAACGUCGGGUGUGUUAGCAUCGAGAGUCCUGCUGGGUUUCUUUCGAGACGAAGUUGUGACACGGCUGAAAAAUAAAGCCAUUUUAUUUCCUUUGGUU